UAGGCUCAAUUACUUUAACCAGGUAAGAGGUUAUUGACAUGCAGAAGGUUUUUCCAGUUGGAAUUUUUGUUUGUUUGCACUAAAGACGUUUUUCACUUGCAUACAGUUGCAAUCUGAAAAUUAUCAUGGAAAGAAUAAUGUCAACACUUUGUAUUGUCUUUAUGGUACUUUUCUCAAUUUUACAAGAAGGAUGUUCACAAACACAGCCGGAUGAAAAAAAGAAAAAAGGUGUUGGUAAAGAAGGCGGAGGCGGAGGUGACCCCCAUUUCAUGCUUAGAAUUGACAGUCUUGAUUUUCCAGUGUGUUUCGACAUUGAUGCACGUGAAGGGGAUGUCAUUCGGAUGCUAAAAGAUCCAAUUUCAGGUAUUACAAUAAAUGGUGGCAUUGUUGGAUCAAACAAGAAAAAAGCGGACGGAAGUUCCAAGACUUUCAUUGGUGAACUUUUUCUACAAACACGUAAUGUUGAGAUCCACAUCAAGCCAGACGACAUUACUUUCAAUGGCGCAUCGUUAGCUUGGAAUGAAGAACAUGUCUUUGAAAUGAAUAAUAUAAAAAUAAACUUUAAUGGAAAUGGACACCAUGGCAAUACAAUGUACAUAGAACUUGGAAAUGACGUCAGUAUGGAGAUUCGUCGACUCAUGAAGGAAGAUUCGGGUCUGAAUGUCAACUAUUUGAAUAUGAACAUAGACAAAGAAACAGGAAUUUCGGAUAAAGCAGAGGGUAUCUUGGGUCAAUUUGUACACAAAAGGACAACGCUGAAGAAGAUCAGCAUUGACAAGCAAGGCAGAAAACGUGGCCAUUUCAGAGAGAUUGAAAACGGACAUAAAACACAUUUUAAAGCAAUUUUACACCAGCUGCCAGAUGUUAUUACCGGCGAAAUGGUCUGGUGUUGGAAUGUCCACAGGAGAACAGAAGGACUGCUUGAUGGUCAUUUGAGCGAAUACUUUGCUUCUGAUAUUACUUCCGCAUAAAGAAAAAAAAGUCUCAUGAUUUCAUGCAUGCGUAGUACUGUGAAACUAGCAUGAUAAUGUCCUCAAACUUUAAAUAUCGUUUGACUUUUUUAGUUGUUCCUUAUUAUGAAAAUACUAGUACUUUAGUUUUCGAGAUCUUUAAAUUGUUCAAGAAAUUCAUAAUAUUGAUCUAUAAUAAUUAUUAUAUCAAUUUACAUGUACAUUGUUCAAAAAUUAAACACAUUGUUAAACUGCAUGUAAAUAUAUAUGAAGGACAAAUUUUGAAAAAAUCAUUGCAAAAAGAAAUAUUUAAAUACUUACCAGUAUUCAUACGAAUUCUUGCACAGUAUCAAGUGAGACGCCACACUCCUCAACUCAAGACGAUGAACAUUUUCAAAUUUUCAAUAUUUGUAAUUACUUAUAUCUUAAAAAAUGUCUUCCUUGUUCUAACAAUUCGGCAUGAUUGCUUCAUAUCUUAUGCUACAUGGCGAAAUUUAUAAACGGCAUGGACAUCUGGGUCCAUAAUUGAAGAACUUAGGAAAUACGACCCGUUUAUGGUUUUUGAAAUUCAUUGCCGUUCAAACAAGAUUUUUUUUAUUUGCAUCGGCUUCGAAGAUAGAUUUUGUAGGAAUUGUUCAAGUACAUGUAUGUAUGGUUUCAUUCUGCUUAAUAUUUGUAUAAAUUGUAUGUAAAAACUGUAUAUAAUACUAUUCAAAUUGUGUUUCUCAUUAAAAUUAUUUUUUAAUAAAUUUUCUAUUUUUCAA